GAGCAGACACUAACCGAGGUAAAUUCAAAAGGACAAGACAGUGGUAUUUUGUGGGCCCUCCAGGGCAUGGCACGGGUGCGGAUCUACCUACGAGUAGCCCUCCAGUGGUCCGAGAGAAAAAGUUCGGGUACAAGUACCUGACCCAUGCAAACGGCACCUCCUUGGGCACUCAAAUUGACCCUUGUGAGCCAACGGGUACCUGCAGCGAAAUACCCAGGCGGAUCCGGGGCUUGGUCGAGCUCGGUGGAAUACAUGGCUAUAGCCGUAUAGAGACUAUCCAAAAUGAUCCGGUGUAUGGUCGACUUAUACUGCCUAAGCCCCAUUCAACGCUGCUACCACUUUACCGACGCUAUCCUGAUACUCAGAUCCCGUCCUA